GCCGCCCCCGGCCCUGCGGCGGCCCCAGCCGCGGCGGGCGGUUGGCCCGAGGCGGCGGACGGCGGCGGCGGCGCGCUCCCUUCCGCAUUUUCCUGGGUCUCUCUCGGGCAGUGACGUGACGUGCUGACGGCGGGCCCGGCCCGGGGAGCUUGGCCGCUUCCACUCAGCUCCGAGCUCGGCCCCUCCCUCCCCUCCCGCCCGCCCGCCCCGCCGCAGCCGCCGCCGCCGCCGCCGCGCUCGGCCCAGUCGCGCAGAGAGAGGCCGCGCCGCGCCGAGCGCCGCCACCCGCCACCCGCACGACAUUGUGACUGAUGAGAGUUAAAGGCCAUGGAUGAAGAUGGGCUUGAAUUGCAGCCACAUGAGCCAAAUGCGUUUUUCGAUCCAACAGGAGCUGAUGCAGCCCAUAUGGAUGGAGAUCAGAUUGUUGUGGAAGUACAGGAAACAGUAUUUGUUUCAGAUGUAGUGGACUCAGAUAUAACUGUGCAUAAUUUUGUUCCUGAUGAUCCAGAUUCUGUAGUAAUCCAGGAUGUCAUCGAGGAUGUUGUUAUCGAGGAUGUUCAGUGCCCAGAUAUCAUGGAGGAGCCAGAUGUAUCUGAAACUGUCAUUAUUCCUGAACAAGUGCUGGACACAGAUGUAGCUGAAGAGGUUUCUUUGGCUCAUUGCACUGUUCCAGAUGAUGUUUUAGCUUCUGACCUAACAGCAGAAGCAAUGUCAAUACCAGAACAUGUACUGACAAGUGAGUCAAUGCAUGUACCUGAAGUUGGACAUGUAGAACAUGUAGUUCAUGACAGUGUUGAAGAAGCAGAUAUUGUCACCGACACUCUGGGAACGGAUGUUGUUUCAGAAGAAGUCUUGGUGGCAGACUGUGCAUCAGAAGCAGUGAUUGAUGCCAACGGAAUCCCUGUGGAACAUCAAGAUGAUAAGGGCAACUGUGAAGAUUACCUUAUGAUUUCCUUGGAUGAUGCUGGUAAGAUAGAACAUGAAGGUUCUGCUGAAAUUACCAUGGAAGCAGAGUCAGAAAGUGGCUCUUGUAAAGUGGAUGGCAUUUGUCCAGAAGUCAUCAAGGUCUAUAUAUUCAAAGCAGAUCCUGGAGAAGAUGAUUUAGGAGGCACAGUAGACAUUGUGGAGAGUGAGCCAGAGAAUGAUCACGCAGUCGGAUUACUUGAUCAAAAUAGCAGUAUUCGUAUUCCAAGGGAGAAAAUGGUUUACAUGACUGUAAAUGAUUCUCAGCAUGAAGAUGAAGAUUUAAAUGUUGCAGAAAUAGCUGAUGAGGUUUAUAUGGAAGUGAUUGUAGGAGAGGAGGAUGCAGCAGUGGCCCAUGAACAGCAAAUUGAUGACACUGAAAUUAAAAGUUUUAUGCCCAUAGCUUGGGCGGCAGCUUAUGGUAAUAAUAAUGAUGGGAUUGAAAGUCGGAAUGGCACUGCAAGUGCUCUUUUGCACAUAGAUGAGUCAGCUGGACUUGGGAGACUGGCUAAGCAAAAACCAAAGAAAAAAAGGAGACCUGAGUCUAGACAGUAUCAAACAGCAAUAAUUAUUGGUCCCGAUGGUCAUCCAUUGACGGUCUACCCCUGCAUGAUUUGUGGAAAGAAAUUUAAAUCUAGAGGUUUCUUGAAAAGGCAUAUGAAAAACCACCCAGAGCACCUUCUUACUAAGAAGAAAUACAGAUGCACAGACUGUGAUUACACUACGAAUAAAAAAAUAAGUUUACAUAACCACUUGGAGAGUCAUAAGCUGACCAACAAAACAGAAAAGCUUAUUGAGUGUGAUGAGUUUGGGAAAAGCUUCUCUCAUGCAGGAGCUUUAUUUACUCACAAGAUGGUGCACAGGGACAAAGGAGUUAAUAAAAUGCACAAGUGCAAGUUCUGCGAUUAUGAGACAGCAGAACAAGGAUUACUGAGUCGUCACCUUUUUGCUGUCCACAGCAAGAACUUUCCUCAUAUUUGUGUAGAGUGUGGCAAGGGAUUUCGUCAUCCGUCAGAGCUCAAGAAGCACAUGCGAAUCCACACUGGUGAAAAACCAUACCAGUGCCAAUAUUGUGAAUACCGAUCUGCCGACUCUUCUAACUUGAAAACUCACGUAAAGACUAAACAUAGUAAGGAAAUGCCAUUCAAGUGUGAUAUUUGUUUCCAGACUUUUUCAGAUACCAAAGAGCUACAGCAGCAUACGCUUAUGCAUCAAGAAAGUAAAACGCAUCAGUGUUUGCAUUGUGACCAUAAGAGCUCAAACUCAAGCGAUCUGAAACGACACAUAAUUUCAGUCCAUACAAAAGACUAUCCUCAUAAGUGCGAUAUGUGUGAUAAAGGCUUUCAUAGGCCUUCGGAACUGAAAAAACAUGUGGCGGCUCACAAGGGUAAAAAAUUGCACCAAUGCAGACAUUGUGACUUUAAGAUUGCAGAUCCGUUUAUUCUGAGUCGCCACAUACUCUCAGUUCACACAAAGGAUCUUCCAUUCAGGUGCAAGAGAUGUAGAAAGGGCUUUAGGCAACAAAAUGAGCUGAAAAAACACAUGAAAACACACAGCGGCAGAAAAGUUUAUCAAUGUGAGUACUGUGAGUAUAGCACUACAGAUGCCUCAGGCUUCAAACGGCAUGUUAUUUCCAUUCAUACGAAAGACUAUCCUCACCGUUGUGAGUAUUGCAAGAAAGGUUUCCGAAGGCCUUCAGAGAAGAAUCAGCACAUAAUGCGGCAUCAUAAAGAUGUUGGGCUGCCUUAAAGUCUCUUUCACAGACUUACGGCUGGAGUUAUAAAGGAAUUUUGCCUUUCAGGCAGUUAGCUUAUUUUAAAGCCAAUCACCUGCGAUCACACACACAAAAACAACAAAAAAACAUACUGUGCAUUUGAUUUGUUGCUGUAUAAAAAUAGGAUUAUUGCUUCUAGUUGACUUUUAUACCUUUUGUUCAAUAGCGUGUUCGGAAUUCUAUUCAGUUUGUUUAAUAAAUGAAGAAAAGAUGGCAACAAUAAAGUUGCAUUUAAUAAAGUAAACCCUGUCUCAUACUGAAUUUUUCAACCGUAAUAGUUUAUUUAAGUAUAUUUAUCUUACUGGCCUCAUUGAUACUCGCAGUGUCCAUGUUAAUGCAGUUUUGUCAUGAAUUAAAAAAUACGAAAUUUCUCUUGAUAAAAUUGUCAGAGGUGUGUAUAAAAUGGGGAAUUGUGAUGUUGAAGAUAAAGUCACUAGGGCCCACCUAAUUGUCUUGUUUGACUAUACAGACUUUGUGGCAAGUUAACUAUUUUACAUUUGAGGAGUUACACAUCUAACAUUGAGAAAAGCUAUUCUGCAUUUUAAUUCAGAUUUCAAAGGUAAAAAUUAAAAAGAAAUGGUUUGGGGCAUUUGUUAUCUUUCUUUUGGAGAAUUUAAAAAUAUGCUCAGAUACUAUGUUUAUUAUUCUGUGCUUCUUUGUCUUUGAAAGGUUGUGUGUUACAAAUUAGUUGCUUUUUUUCAAUUUACUGCUGAUUUAAUGUUGGAAACAUAAAAUAUUGUUCCAUUUGCAGAGUUGGUAGAUUACAACUGUUAGUACAUGCAGGUAAAUGUACUUCAAAUUUAGUGGUUUUAUGUAUAUUAAUAUUUCUUUGAAAGAGCAGUAGGUGGGUCAAGUCACAUUUUUAUUGUGAAUUGAUAUAAAAUAAAAUUUAAGACCAAGAGGUGCCUCGAUUUUGGAAAUCAGAUAUUUACAGUGAGAGCUUCAGGUGGGAAUGGAAUGGAGCAGAUAUGUUCAUAAGGAAUAGAGAUGUUUUUAUGUAGAUAUCCUUAAUAAGAAAAAUAACUUGUAAUAGUAACAGAACUGUUUCUAAAUUGAAUGUUUUUCCUGAGGCAUUAGCAGCUGUGUUAAGCUGCUGUUUAUUAAUUAGUACAGUAUCCAGAAUUAACCCAGUUCUUUUCAUCUGCUUAUAAACAGCUGUGAGAACAUUACAAUUAUUAUGUGCAAUUUUGCCACCUGAAGAUUAUUAUAAAAGUGUAUUAUGUCAUUUGCUAAUUGCCCUAUAAACGCACGAAGCAUGAAGUCAUGCAUCUUGACAACAAAUGUCGAACAAAAAGCCCUCAUGAGUUAGUGACCUGGUGGCGUUCAGGGCCCAGUCCUGCUGCCCUUCCUCAAAUCCCCCUGAUGCUGCUGGCUGCCUUGGGUUUGCAGCAUUUGGACCCGACUGUAACUACCAGAUUUGGACAGAGUGAACCGAUAAUGCCAUCAGCCAGGGGGAGAUGCCUUACGUGUGGUGGUAUGGUUCACUGAUGGGACAGAUGCAGAGCCUGACCCAGUGUUCGCUCUAGUUUCUAGGCAGGUAAACUUCCUGCUGAAAUGCAACAGGAGUUUAAGCAAUGAUUUCAGGUUUGGGGUCAUAAAGGGAGAAAGGUUUCCUUCCAGCUGUUCAUGUUCUAAACAUUUUGUAUUUUGUUAUUAUUGAGACCUAUUGCUCCGUCCUUACUUGUGUUUAAUUUGAAUUCUUCAAUUCAGGCGAGUCUAAUGCCAUGUCAUUAUCUCUCCGUUGUGUAAUGUUUUUCUCCUCUCGAUGCCUGUUUGACAAUGCUGCCAGACUUGUCUAUGUGUGCUCUCGUGUAACAGUAGUGGUACUGGGCCAUAAGCCUUGACUGCAUAGCGUCUAUGCCUUCCUUGAAAGCCCCAGCCAAGUCAGUGGAUUUUCUGCAUGGCCAUAGCUGUCUGCCCAUUGCCUACUGAUUGCCAAAUUAGACGCAUUAAAAACACAGGAGAUAUUUUCCAUUCAAAUCUUGCAAAAUAUAUCUUUAUGUCCCUCUUACCUUCAAGCUUUUUGUAACUGGAAACCUAAAAAUAUACAAAAUUUGCAUAGAUUCCCAUAACAUUGCUGAGGAUGUUAGCCAUUCUGAACUUUAUUUUUUUAAAUAAGCUGAAAGACAAAGAACACAGUUUUACACAUUUUCUUCCUCUUGCGUAGCCUGGAAUCAUAUACAACGUCUUUUUUUUUUUUUUUUUAAGCACAAUGUUGAAACUUUUUUUAAUGAUUAAGGGUUUGGUCAAGUGGAUUUUGUAAAAUGUAUUUGUCUGUAUAAAGAGAAAAUGAAAUUAUAGAUAUUGUUAAUGUACUGACAUUAGUUACAGUUAGUUUUAAUUCUUAAAUAAUUUGAUUAGCACAUGUUAUAAAAUGGAUGUUUCAGUUUAAUGUUUUAAAAAAGGUACAGAUUUUUACAAGGACAUAAUAUAAAUUAUUGUUCUGUAGAAAAUACCCUAUGAAAUAUUGUAUACGUCCUGCCCUCUGUACACUUUGUAAAAAAGACAAAAGAAAAAACAAAAUACAUAGAAUCAUAUAGGGAUGUGUGACAUUAUUGUAAUUGUGUACUUGAUAAUAACGUGAAAAAAUAAAAAUCAAAAUAUUUUCCUGUUAA